AUCCACCCAAGAGUUUCAAUAGGGAAUUAAAUUGAUCCAUUCGAUCUACAUUAACAUGGUUUCCCCGAUUGAUCCUAGUAGCAUUGCUACACAUUAUUAUAAACUAGCACAUCUUUCGGCAAUAAAGUACACAAUUUACACCACUACAGGUUCCACUACUGCCAACCCCACCAAUGAUCAAACAUUAUUAGAGCUAGAACUUAGCAUUCGUCAUGAUAGACCUGGCAUUUUGUUGACUUACUACAAUAAAUGCCUCUAUAGAUUCCAAUUCGUACACAUACCGGAUGAAUCUCUGAAUAUCACCGACGAUUAUCCACUACUUUAUGAGAAAUAUUCCAACACCGUCAAAGUUGACGUAAUGGCAAAUCCUCCAAAACCAACAACACCUGCAAACGAUCCCGAGUCCUCAGAGGAGAGCUUAUACAUCCCCUAUAUCUCGCUUACAUUUCUCAAAGCGGUGAAGAAAUUGAUCCUUUUCCGAUUAUCACUGUCAUCGGCCCUUCAACUCUUCGGGAACUAUGCAGUGGUGAAUGAAAGUAACGGAGACAACAAAGACACAUAUGGUAAGCACAUUAUCCACAUAGACCCGUUACUCCUCUCUAAUGGAGACCUUAUGGUCUGUAUUUCCCAAAAGAAUAAGCUCACACUUUUCGAUUCUAAUGUUUUAUUUCGUCAAUCACAAAACUCUUCACAACUGGAUAUAUUGCUGAAGAAAACUUAUGUUAUCUAUAUUGUUCCUUCGGGUAUAAGAUGUCACUUGUAUUACUCUGACGACCCAUUACAAAGUUUUUCCUCCACCCCUCCAAAGAAUGGUGAAUCCAUCAUAAAUCUCAUUAAACUUAGUACUGGGCUUGAUUUACAAGCCCAAGCAGAUGAAUCUGGUAAAGAUAUUCUUUGGGUGAAACUCAUACCAAAUCUUCAACAUCUCAAUAAUCAAACCUCAAGAAUUUCAAGGUUCAUUCAUCCUGUUGAUAAUAGGAAAUUCAUUUUAUGGCCAUGGUCACUCUGUUUGAUUCAAUUUGGAUAUCAUGAAUUCAACGUAGAAGCAGAAGUAUCUGACACUCUUAUGUCUGCUUCCACUUCAACGGAAUUCCCCGACCCGUUACAUUUGUUGCUGGACUUGAUGGACUUCAACAUAACCCAACUGCACAUCAAUCAGAUGUCGCCAAUGCAUUUCAACAGCAAUUUGAGUAUAUCUACAUCUAGCAAUAUUCCUGGUACUCACAAUCCUACCAACCCGUUCAGCGUUCCAAGUGCAGGCUCAAAUGGAAUUACAACAGCAGAUAAUAAUCCCGGUCAACAUGCCAGUUCUAUAGGUGAAAGUCAUGAUAUACAUGGAAGUGAUUUUGAAAAUAUGAAUGACGGUUUUUUGAAUAACAUACAAGAUAAAAACCCUAACAAUAGCUCUAUGGGUAUGACUGUUUCUGGUGACAAUGAGGAAAAUAAUAGUGGUAGCGAAAUCGACGAUCUUUUCGGUGAUGAUAGUGAAGAUGAGAAAGAUGCAGAAAAUGAUAAUGAUCAGAUCGAAGCUCUAAAGGAAGAAGUGGAUGAAAAAGAAGGACAGAUCGAUAAUUUGGAAGAAGCGCAAAUUCAGAAUGAUGAAUUGGCAGGAGAAGUUAAUGGAAAACAAAAUGAACCAGAUAAACCAAACGACAUUAAAAACCUUGAUCCCAAUGGCCUUGGAAUUUCGUUGGCAGACAAGGGACCCACUGAACUCCAGUCCAAUUCUGAAGAUAUAGAAAUGACUUCUACUAGCCCGGUAGCACUGUUAAAUGAACCGGUAAAAUUUCUGGAUACUUAUAUUGAUAUUCCUAAGGAUCAAAUGACAAUUGCACCACUCAGGAAUUAUUUGAGCAAAUCGAAAACACCCCAAUCAUACAGUGAUCCUGGUGCACCACCACCAAUUAUGCCUACCCCAGUUUUCCCUGCAAGUGCAGUAAUGGGUGGUGCACCAACUACAAAUGGAAUUCCCUCAGAUAAUGAUGAUUCUCAGUCUCGAUCUAUUUUCCUGCCUCUCUUGUUCAAUCCGAUUAUCAAAAGUAAUAUUGAUACUAAAUACGGGAAGGGUGGGAAAUUUUAUGUUGAGAAGGAGCCAAUGGUAGAAGAAAGAAGAAGGAGUCUCAGGGCAACAAGUGUUGUAGGAUAUGAAUCCAUAAACACAAGAAAGGAAUCUGAAGGAGCAGAAUCCCUUGGCAACAUCCUUCACCGAUACGAGAACUAUAAAUCAGAUGAUGGAGAAGAUAUGAAUGAGGAAGAAAGUGACGAAGAUGAAGAACAACCGAGAGAAAUACUUGAUAGUAACAUUACCUCGAAAAGGUCUCCCCCAUUAUUACUUAAUGUCUCGAGUGAUCCGUUUAUGCUGAGAUCGAGUGCACAUGACAAUGACCAUUCAUCGGCUGCUCUUUCAGGUAUACCAGCUCCUUCUGUCAAUAACGCAACUUUAAAUUCUAUUGGAGAUUUUAGUUCACCAAUGUCAGGUGGUCAAGGAAUCCCACAAUUACUGAGUGGUGUUCCAAAAUUAGAAUCUCCAUUUGGUGGAUUUGGAAUGUCGAAUGCUAGUGUAUUUUCCUCUCGUGGUAAUAUGGUAGGGUCGAUUUCACCAGUAGAAGAGCGCUCAGAUGUUUCAGAUGAACUGUCUGAGAAUGAAGAUAUGGAAAUAGCAUCUAUAAGUGAAAGCAUGGAGCCAGUUCCUGAUUCUACAGUUGUCAAAGCUCCUGAGCCCGUACAUACGCCACUUGUUACUACCAAAAGUAAAUCUGGCUCUCCACCAAUAUCAGAAUCUUCUAAUUGUUUACCUCUUAUUCUUCGAUGCAUUAAUGUUUCCACUAUUCCUAAUGUGUUCAUUCUCAAUAAUAUUGAGGUCCCGGCACCAGCACCAUCAACCAAUUUGAGUAUGUAUGUUGAUGACAUUGAAGAGAAUGAAUGGGCUGAUGACGAAGAGACUGGAGAUCCUCUGGCCCGUCGUGGAAUGGUAGUUAAAGUUGGCCAUCUUAAUGAUAUUUUAAAGUGGCUCACACCAUCUCUCAUUUUCGAUAUGGGAUUGAAUCUGAUUGACAGGCUCUUGGAACUUAAGGUUCCGUCAAGCGAAAUGUCUGUUCCUAAGAAAUAUGUUGUGGAUGGUCAACAACCUGACUUUGAGAGAGUAUUUGAAGCUAAUUUUCCACUUGCCUACAGAAUUAACCUUAAUGAAUUUAUCAAUGAUAUGAGUCCAGAUGAACCCAGUGAAUAUUCUUCUGGGAAUGUACAACCUACCAGUUCUGCCUCUGCAAAUGAUAUCGAAAGUCAGCUUAGUUUCCUAGAUGAUAUUACAAAUGAUGAAAUAUUGAAUCCAAGGGGCCAAAUAAGAAGGUUACAGUCUUUGGAUUGGGACUCGAUUUAUUGCGAUGUUGUUAAAAAUAAACAAAAUAGUGAAGAAUAUCGAACAAUUUUAUUCAAUGCUUCAAACAAGAAGCCUACUCAAGAUGAUGAUUUUCUUUUCCCCCUUAAACAAUCAAAGGCUCGUGUUCACAAGCAAACAGAUACAAUUGUAAAUUUGAACUCCAUUGGAUUAAACUUCUGGAAAUAUUUGCGACUUAGUCCACCAAAUGGGCCCAAAAAUUUUCAAAUGUUAUUAGUCUCGAGAGAAUUAUCAAACACUCACGAUAUCCAUCAAAGCACAGAUUGUUCAAACAUUUAUUCGAAAUUUAUGGACUCUUUAGUUUACAAUUAUCGAGAAUGUAACUUAGGAAAUAUAUCUCGUAUAAACUUAACAUCUGAUACCAGAAGAGAUGUCGAUCAAUUUUCGAAUGGAAUGUUAUUGGUAGGUGCUUCUUCGUCUUCAAACUUCUAUUCAGAAGCAAAUAAACGAAUGAGUACAUUGGCUGAGCAAAUCAGAAUGGACUUGAUUAAUAAAACAAAUCGGUUUGAAUUUGACCGCCCAUUAUUAGUGAUGUUUAUAAAUUACGAUGACUCUGUGAAUUCCCUUCUCCGAAUCGCAAAGGUUUGCCGUAACUUCCAAGCUUCACUCCAUCGCCAUCAAGUCCCCUUGGUAGAAGUGUUCAGUUACGUUAUCCCAUGGUCUCAUAUCAUGAAGAAAGUGGGAACAUCAAGAAAUUCUUUACGCUAUCUUUCAAAUUCGAAACUUUGCAAAAUUUCAAUGAACUUAUACAAUCAGUGUCCAGAUUUAAUCCCGCCCACCAAAAAACAACUGGUCAAAUUUAAAUCAAUUUAUACUCAAUUGGUGAAAGAUCCUCCUUCUAAAUCUGAUUUUAAAUUUUUGAAUGGUAGGGAAGGCGCUUCUGGUAUGGCUUUAAGUGGGAAAGACUACUAUACAGGGACGUCAUAUAAUAGUGAAAUAUUUCUUCAUAUGGCUUAUGAAAGAUCUAUAGAUAAAAAUUGGUUUUGUGCUGCUUGGUCUGACCCUCUUGGUCUGACCGCAUUUACCAAAACUUGGUUUUGCUCUCCAGCUUAUGUGAAGUCACAUGGAAAAGAUGUUCAUGACAUUGGAACUAUUUGUGAUGAAAUUUGGGAAAUAUCAAUUGAAUUAUUUAAGAAAUUAAAUGAUGACAUAAUUAAAGGAAUGUCAGGCUUUGGCGGAAAGAAGUUUUUAGUUCUAACAAGGGUUAACAGUAUUAUCCCUGAUGAUGAAUUGGUACAUUGGAAACGGUUGAGUAUGAAGCAUAAGGAUGUUUCAUUAAUUGUUUUAUCAGUUAAUAAUAGUCCAAAGAUUUUGUUUAAUCAUAAUGACGAGGAUUCAUCAAAGGAUAAUUUCGAUGAGCAACAACGACAACAACUGUCUGGGAUCCAACAAAACCUGACCAGAACUCAGCAAACAAUGAUGGAAUUAACUAAGAAUGGUAGCAACGAUUUUUUCAAGAAUUUCAACCAAUAUUCUGAUGGUGAAUCCGCGACGACUUCUCCGAAUCUUGCCAUGGCAACGUCCCCAUUCAAUGGUACCGGGAUUUCGUUCCAUUCACCCCAACAAUUUACCAAUGCUCCAGGAAACUUCUUAUCUCCACAAGAUAUGAUGACAUCGAGUGGAGGUGGUGCAAGUGGAACGGGCCAUAAUUCGAACGAUAGCUCUGGAAAUUUAUAUAAUAGGUUUAUUGGUCGUAAUGAUUCAAUCGAUAAUAUUCUUUACGAUUCUAGGGAUAUUAUUCAUGCCGUAUUACCAAAGGUACCAUUACCUUCAUUCAAUUCACCAACUCGGUUAGGGAUGAAAAUGGGUUACUUGUUGAAAGAAUUCAAAACCCCCAAUGGGAACAAGAGCUAUUUGGUUUAUGAGGUUAAUCUACUUAGUUGUUCCAAUUACUGGAAUUUGAAUUCUAUCAUGAAAGUAAUUCUAAGACAAUAUAGAAAUUUGAUUACAUUAAAUGACGUGCUAGGAGUGCGAGAUGUUAAUACUGGAACCCCUCAAAACGCUAGUGUUGACGAAUCAUUAGAAUAUUCUAUUUCUGGAUUAGUUCCUUGGCAUGUUGCGGCAGUUUCCAAGGCGUUGGACUAUUUGGUACAUAUUGAUGUGAAAGAGUAAUUUUUUAUGUUUUUAGAAGAAUAAGCAUAUAUCUUAGGCU